GGGGGGAUUUGCGGCUGCAGACUUCCCGCCAAAACUGUUUACAUGUCGUCCGGUAACGCCAUCACGGUUCGUCUGCAGACGGCACGCGACCGGACUACACACGGAGAGCUGAAACUGGUCUUGACGUCUGUGAGAAAUGACUUUUUCCACCGUGCGGACUGCUCGGGCCAGUUCAAGUGCAAAACGAGCGGCGAUUGCUUGGACAAAAAUCUCGUCUGCGACGGAAAAGCCGUAUGCCAAGACAAAUCAGACGAGAGCAACUGCAAGAUGCACAACCUCACAUGCUUCGACAUAUUUACGUGUAUCAAUGGACAAUGCAUCGACAAAAAUGGCGUCUGCGAUGGCCGCGAUCAGUGUUACGACGGGUCCGACGAAAUCGAUUGCCAUGGUAUCACGACGAACCUAAUGCUCAUUUUACUCGGGCUUGUCGGACUUGUUUGCGUCAUUAUGCUCUGGAUUCUGAUUGUUGUCUGCAUCAGAUUUUACUCAGCGCGCAAUUCCGCGUACAAGCAAUUGACAUGACGGAAGUCACUAUGUUUAUCAGAACUAUUUCUAAGUGACUGAAUACCCGGAUUUUAUAAAUAGAUGACUUUUUCUUUGUUUUGGUUGCUUUUAUUUAUCAUAUUAUUGUUCUUCCCGUAUAGCUGUGCGUAA